AUGAGUUCAAUCCCCCCUGGGGUCAGGCAAUUUUGCGCGCAUACACUCAGCGUCCCGGCCCCCGCACUUGCCCAGCGGCGUGCCAAGCACCCUGGCGCAUCGACAGUGCUCACAGUGCCCAAGCUGCACUUGCCCAAGCGACCUGAUCAACAUGCCCAGUUGCCUCACAAGCCGCACCCACUGCCACAAGCUCUUCAGCUUCGCGCACAGGGGGGUGUUGAACUUCGCUCCAUCUCACUUCUAGGACAAUAUGCGCUCACUGAAGUAGAGGUGCCUCGCCUUUUGGUGCAGUGGUAUAUUGUUCCUUCAUACAAAAAGCCCGACACCGCUGACUCGACCGUCGACUCGCAACACCAUGUCGGAUGUCUCGCCACCGGUCUUCUCGCUCGUCGUCGCCAGCUUCGCAACCACUCUUUUGUCGUCGACUCGGGCGCCACUUCGCACAUGGUCUCGGACAAGUCGCUGUUCACGACCUAUCGCCAUAUCGCUCCUACGAAGAUUGGUGGUAUUGCAGGGGGCAUCAACGCCAUCGGAACGGGAAACAUCGCCUUCAUUGCCGCCUCGGGUCAUCCGAUCACGCUUACCGGCGUGCUGCACACUCCGGGCCUGUUUGUCAAUCUUCUCUCGGUCUCUCGACUUUGCGACACCGACGAUGUCCGUGUCGCCUUCACAAAACACGGCAUCCACAUUGACAAGGACGGCAACGACAUCGCUGAAGGCGCACGACUCGACGAAGGGCUCUACUUGCUGGACGCUGAUCAUUCCAAAUGUCAGCACCUUGCUCUCCUUUCUCGCUCACAGUCGUCCGUGCCCCUGCUGACUCUCCAUCGCUGCCUCGGCCAUCUCGCACCGUCCUCCAUACAGAAGAUGGUUGCCGCUGGUUUGCUGGAGGGUCUCAGGGCCGGAUAUAGUGACGAAGAGGUAGAGAAGUUUGUCUGCAAUGCUUGCCUCAGCGCAAAGGGCCAUCGUCUUCCCUUUCCCGAUUCGGAUUCGCACUCCUCAGAGAGACUCGGCCUUGUACACAGCGAUGUGCUUUCCUUCCCCGAGCGGUCCUUGACUGGCAAACGUUACCUGGUCACAUUCCUUGACGAUUACUCGCGCAAACUCUGGGCCUACGCAAUCGGACACAAAAGCGAAGUCUUCGGCAUAUUCAAAACUUGGCUAGCCGAGGUUGAACUCGAGACGGGUGCGACGCUGAAGGUCCUCCGAACCGACAACGGUGGCGAAUACUGUUCGAGAGCGUUCACAGAGUUCUGCAAGACACGAGGCACCCGUCGACAAUACUCUAUCCCACGCACGCCUCAACAGAACGGUCGUGCAGAGCGGGUCAAUCGUUCCAUUGUCGAAGGCGUCCUUGCCCUCCUUGUCGACGCCCACCUACCCAAGACAUUCUGGGAGGAGGCUGCAGCUUAUUUCGUUUACUGCAAGAACCUGUGUCAACACGCGGCCCUGGACAAGGCAACACCAAACUCCGUCUGGCAGGGUGACCACACCACUGCCUCGGCGCUUCACCCGUUCGGCUGUACAGCUUGGCUUACGGUCGCGCCCGAACUUCGCUCCAAACUCGACCCGAAGGCGGUUCGCGUUUUUUUCACCGGCUACGACCUGGCUUCAAAAGCCUUUCGCUUCUACGACACUACAACACAGAAGAUUAUACUUGGCAGAAAUGCCACGUUCCUCGACACUGAAUUCCCCGGAUUACAUGGCGACCCCACUGAGCAAGACGGCGACACGCACUUCGCCAGCGCUCCCACCACCGAAUCUCAAACCGUUGUCAAGACAUGGACCCCACUAGUAAGGUCGGCGCACAUGGACGUCUCAUCCCCCCUUGAUGAUUCUGCCAUGAGCGCCGUUGACGUGGCCCCAGGGUACACUGGCGGAACCUUACUUAACUUCACAGAUGCCGAAUCGUCCUCGUCACCGUCGCCUGCGUCGCCCUCAUCACCGUCGUCUGCGCCAUCGCCUGCACUUUCACCAUCGUCGGCUGCGUCAUCGUCACCCUCGGCCUUACCGACCGACUCUGAAGACUCCGCCGAUCCCCUCGACCUCCUCGGCUCACAGCCCCAGGUUCGCCUCGAUCUACAGGACGUGCACCACCCAGACUUCAGCACGUACCGCGAGCCCGCAUCGGCUGAGGAGUCGCCCGACGAACUCGACCUCAUUGGGCGCCACUCUCGCGACGAAUCUCCGGACGAAAUCGAUUUCCUCACCCGACACCACCGCGCCUUCAUCGCCAUCGACGACGACACCUCUGACACAGAGGCAAUUCAGCCAGUCAAGUCCAUCACGAGCGACCCACAGACCUGGCGCGAGGCGAUGUCUAGCGACAAGCGUGAAGUAUGGGCCAAAGCCGCCACCGACGAGUUCACCUCCAUGCGCGACGACUUCAAGGUCUUCACCAUCGAGGACCGAGCCACGGUGCCCGCGGGUGCGACUAUCGUUACAUCCAAGUUCGUCUGGAAAACGAAACGGAACGCACUCGGCGAAGUCACUGGACACAAGGCAAGGCUGGUCGCGCAAGGCAAUCGGCAACGCGACGGCAUCGACUUCAACGAAACGUUCGCACCGGUCGCACGCUUCUCCUCGAUACGCUCACUCCUCGCGCUGGCGGCCGCCAACGGCUUGCACGUGCACCAGGCGGACAUCGACAAAGCAUAUCUGCAUGGCGACCUUGACCACGACAUCUGGAUGACGGCACCGCGCGGCUUCGACCUUCCCAGCGACAAGGUGCUUCGCCUGCGACGCUCCAUCUACGGGCUCAAACAGGCUGGCCGAAUCUGGAAUCGACACAUCGACGCUUCGCUUCGGGCCCUCGGUUACACGGCGACGGGCACCGACCACUGCGUAUACUCUUGGCUCGAUGAUCGUCAAUGUCCACACUACAUCGCACUGUACGUCGACGACCUCCUGAUGAUCAGCCCGGAACUGGCCGAAAUCGAACGUGUCAUCUCAGGCCUGGACCAACGCUACGGAGUCAAGCGCCUCGGCCCGGCCGAGUAUAUCCUCGGCAUCCAGAUCAGGCGGUUCGACGACGGCUCUAUCGCCCUAUCCCAGGAACGGUACAUCAUGGACGUGCUCGCUCGGUUCCACUUCGACACCACGACUCGCGGCACUACAGUUCCGAUGACUCCCGGCCUUUCGCUCACUGCUAUCCCGGGUCAAGGCACCGAACGGAUCAGGUCAUGGUAUCUGCAGGCUAUCGGCUCGCUCCUCUACAUUUCGCUCGGUACCCGCCCUGACAUCGCCUUCGCCGUGUCCUACCUGGCCCGCUUCGCCAACAACCCCGGUCGUCGUCAUUGGAUUGCGGUCAAGCACAUCCUACGCUAUCUCCGGGCCACGUAUCGCAACGAACUCGUGUAUGCUCGCGGCCAGGCUCGCAUCACGGGUGUGGUAGGCUACUCCGACGCGAACUGGGGGGCCUGCAUCGACACAUCGGUGUCCACCAUGGGCUACGUCUUCUACAUCGCUGGCUCGGCCGUGUCCUGGUCGUCCAAACGCCAGUCUCGAGUUGCCGAUUCGACCACCGACGCUGAAUACCUCGCCCUCUCGCAUGCUGGCAAGGAAGGGAUUUACCUCAGUCAGCUGCUCGAAGAGCUCCAUGUACAACCUGUUGCACCGGCUCACAUCUUUACUGACAACGAAGCCGCUGCUGCAGUUGCUCACGAUCCUGUCCGCGUCUCUGGCACUCGGCACAUACGCUUGCGUGAGCACUUCGUUCGGGACAUGGUGAAUCGGGGCGACAUCUCUCUCUCGCAUGUGGGUACCAGCGACAUGGUGGCCGACAUCUUCACCAAGGCUCUCGGCCCAAAGGUCUUCUCAACGCACUGCUACGCCCUCGGCCUUCGCACUCGACACCCGCGGCUUGGGUCUGCCUCGCAUUCGCGUGGGGGGGGGUGUGAAGAGUCCACUCUCAGCUCGACAGGGGCGCCUCGGUCGUUGCGCGCACUUGCUAGCCCGCCCCCGGCGGUGGGGACUUAGACGCGCGCGACUGCCUCAGCGCGCCAGCGCCGGCGGAUUCAUGCGCGCGCCCGCUAGCCCGCCCCCUUGCGGUGGGGACUUAGGCGCGCCGGCGAUUUCACCCGCGGCUGACUUAGGGAUGUACAUUGUCACGCGCCUGGGACUAUCCCAGCGUGGCCCCCCCCUUUCUGUUUCUUAGCUUCCUUCUCAUCACUUCUGUUCGACUCUCAACCUCUCCUGACAGUAGUGGUGAACGUCUCAUAGGUACGCUGAAAUAGAUCACUUCUGUUCGACUCUCAACCUCUCCUGACAGUAGUGGUGAACGUCUCAUACGUUCUACCCGUACCAAGUGCCUCGCCUGUCGCAGCCCUUCUCACCGCGUCGCACAAUGCCCUACAAGGGCCCAGCAUCCACCGCCAGGCCCGUGUCGCUCCUGCAAGAAGAAGGACCACUGGUCUUUCGACUGCAAAAAGGCUCUUGAGGACGGGAAAACGCCCGACACCUCUGAUGCGCAACACCAUGUCGGAUGUCUCGCCACCGGUCUUCUCGCACAUCGUCGUCAGCUUCGCAACAACUCCUUCGUCGUCGACUCGGGUGCCACUUCGCACAUGGUCUCGGACAAGUCGCUGUUCACGGCCUAUCGCCACAUCGCUCCUACGUGUUGAACUUCGCUCCAUCUCACUUCUAGGACAAUAUGCGCUCACUGAAGUAGAGGUGCCUCGCCUUUUGGUGCAGUGGUAUAUUGUUCCUUCAUAGGUUAUGAGCCCAGAGCAACCAGCAGGUCAUGAGUUCAAUCCCCCCUGGGGUCAGGCAAUUUUGCGCGCAUACACUCAGCGUCCCGGCCCCCGCACUUGCCCAGCGGCGUGCCAAGCACCCUGGCGCAUCGACAGUGCUCACAGUGCCCAAGCUGCACUUGCCCAAGCGACCUGAUCAACAUGCCCAGUUGCCUCACAAGCCGCACCCACUGCCACAAGCUCUUCAGCUUCGCGCACAGGGGGGUGUUGAACUUCGCUCCAUCUCACUUCUAGGACAAUAUGCGCUCACUGAAGUAGAGGUGCCUCGCCUUUUGGUGCAGUGGUAUAUUGUUCCUUCAUACUACGAAGAUUGGUGGUAUUGCAGGGGGCAUCAACGCCGUCGGAACGGGAAACAUCGCCUUUGUUGCCGCCUCCGGUCACCCGAUCACGCUUACCGGCGUGCUGCACACCCCGGGCCUGUCUGUCAACCUCCUCUCGGUCUCUCGACUUUGCGACACCGACGAUGUCCGUGUCGCCUUCACGAAGCACGGCAUCCAUAUCGACAAGAACGGCAAUGCUAUCGCUGAAGGCGCAAGACUCGAGGAAGGGCUCUACUUGCUGGACGCUGAUCAUUCCAAAUGUCAGCAUCUCGCUCUCCUCUCUCGCUCACAGUCUUCCGUGCCCCUCCUGACCCUUCACCGCUGCCUCGGCCAUCUCGCACCGUCGUCCAUACAGAAGAUGGUUGCCGCUGGUUUGCUGGAAGGUCUCGGGGCCGGAUAUAGUGACGAAGAGGUAGAGAAGUUUGUCUGCAAUGCUUGCCUCAGUGCAAAGGGCCAUCGUCUUCCUUUUCCCGAUUCGGACUCGCACUCCUCAGAGAGACUCGGCCUUGUGAGGAAUCCACUCUCCGCUCGGCUCAGGACUUAG